AUGGCGUCUGACUCCAAGCACUUCCUAUCCGGCCGCAAGGUCAUUGUGUGCGGCGCUGGCCUCGGCGGUCUGACGUUUGUGCUCUCCCUCUUGAAGUUUUGGGACGCCGCCGUCCCGGCACCCGAGGUUGUCAUCGUCGACGCCGACGGCCGCGAGGAGAGCAUCAACCGCGGGCUCUACGACCUACAGCUCAAUGCGGACACGGAGGAAUCCGCCCUCGUCGGCCUCGGCGAUCUCGGUCUCUACGACGCCGUGGUGGCCCAGGCCGUGACGCGCAACAACCCAGAUUCCACCAUGCACGUAUGGGACAAGUCGUGGAAGUCGCUCAUGACCAUCAAACCCAAGGUCAUGGAGGGCUUCUCUACGGGAGGCGUCCGCAUCCGCCGCACGGCCCUCCUUGCCCUCUUAAUCGAGGCCGUUGAGGCGCGCACCAAGAUCACAUGGAGGACUUCUGUCCAGGAUGCCAAGAGACUGCCCGACGGCACACUCCGAGUGUCGCUGCUGGACAAGAACACGGGCGCCGCCUCGCAGGAGGAGUGCGCGCUGCUCGUGGCCGCUGACGGCGACGACAGCACCCUCCGCAAGAUCUUUCGCCCCAAGGACGUCACCAAACUCACUGGUCACGUCGGCCUCGGCGGCCAGGUUGAUUUUGGGGACAAGGCGAGCGUUCCCGCGCCGCUGACGAGCGACUUUGGCAUCACCGUCGGCGGCGACGGCGUCGCCUCCGCCGUGGUGCAGCUCAACAACGACGGCAAGCUGCUGUGGUCCAUCUUCAAGGAGGAGAAGACGCCGCGCGCCGCCUACGACAACACCGACGCCGCGGCCUUCAAGGCGCUCCUGGACGAGGCGCGCACGUCGUCCAAGAGCAUCGCGGAGCCGCUGCCGUCGCUCAUCGGCAAGACCAAGCAGGAGACGAGCUUUGCGCGGGCGGUGCGCGAGCGCGACGCCUUUGGCCACGACGCGCCUGAGCUGCGCGGCAUCAUCUUCAUCGGCGACGCCAACCGCCUCGUGAGCGUCUACAUGAACAAUGGCGGCGGGCUGGCCAUCCGCGACGGCAUCAGCCUCGCGCAGGAGCUCGUCGGGCAAAAGUCUCUCGAGGCGGCCACGGCGGCGUACGACAAGGCGGCGCUGGCGCGUAGCACCGCCUCCAUCAAGUCGGGGCGGAAGACUAUGGAUACUGCGCAUCUGAGCGGCUGGAAAUGGAGCGUGGCGAAGACGGCCUUGUCGGCUGGUGGCUUCCUGACAGGGAAAAACUGA